CAGCCUGUUGGGACGGACGGUUGCAGACAGAGGACGCAGCUGUCACAUGCUGGAUGAGCGGAGCUUCGAAGCACAACUGCGGGAUGAGGAUCUGAACAGAGGGGCAUAUCGUCAAAAGAGAAACAGAUGUUUUUACUAAGUAGUAGUCGGUGUCGUAAAAUAGAGGGUUUUAAGUUUGGACCUUGCGGACGGACUGUUUGUACCGGAGUACGUUUGGUCGUUUAAAGAACGUUACCGGGGAAACGGUAGUUCAGUGGCGAGAGCAACGAAGGAGCACUUCACUCAAGUGCGGCUGGUGUAUUUAUAGUGUCGAAGCAUUUACUGGAAAAGUUUUACCUGCGGCGUCUUCAAUCUCUGGGGAGAGAAGAGGACAUCAUAAAAAAAAGCAAGGACCAAGGCAGCAUGGUUACCACCAAGGGAACAGGCCUGAACCCCAAUGCUAAAGUGUGGCAAGAGAUCCCUGCCCACCAGAAUGACAUCCCAGAGGGGACAGAUGACUCUCCCUGGCUCCUGACACACUCUCCUCCUGCUGAGAUAACUGGAGGUUACUCAGAUGUUCCCUCUUCAGGGGGUAAAGGAUAUGACACUGAAUAUCCUGACAGCACUGCUGACUAUGCCCAUGUGCCUACAGAGGGAACUGUGAAUGGCACUGACCAUGCUGAUGAGGGCUAUUUAGUCUUUGACUCACAAUGUGAUCCAGCCAUGGAUGGUGACAUUUUAAAGGAACAACCAAUGACCGAGGAAAACCUCAGAGAGUCUUUGAGGAAACAGCUUGAGUUCUGCUUUUCAAGAGAGAACUUAACUAAGGACCUGUACCUGAUAUCCCAGAUGGACAGUGAUCAGUUUGUUCCAGUCUGGACCAUUGCUUGCAUGGAGGAUAUCAAAGCCCUUACCACUGACAUGGGCCUGAUUCUGGAUGUACUGAGAGCCUCUCCUAUGGUGCAAGUUGAUGAAACUGGAGAGAAGGUUCGGCCAAACCACAGUCGCUCCAUCAUUAUUCUGAGAGAAGUGCCAGAGACCACACCUGUUGAGGAAGUGGAGGCUCUUUUUAAGAGUGAAAAUUGUCCAAAAGUGUUGAGUGUUGAGUUUGCACAUAACAGCAACUGGUACAUAACAUUUCAGUCAGAUAUGGAUGCACUGCAGGCUUACAGAUACCUGAGAGAGGAAGUGAAAAUGUUUCAGGGAAAGCCAAUCAUGGCUCGAAUUAAAGCUAUCAACACAUUUUUUGGUAAAAACGGCUUCCGCAGUGUGGACUCAUCAGCUUACAGCCAGCAUGCCCAACCACAGGCUCAGUAUGGUUCUCCAGUGUACAUGCAGCAGGUGUACAGCCCUCAGCAGCAGUACCCUGUGUACCCUGUGGUGUCUCCUUCCUGGAACUCCUCAAUCAUGCCUUACUUUGAAACACCACUGGCACCUUUCCCACACAGUGGAUUUCUGAAUGGCUUCAACAACACUGGAAACUACAAAGCAAACUCAGGCUCUAUCAACACUCAGCGACCCUUGAGCAGAAACCGAAACCCUGUCAAAGGCCCUCCCAGGCAAGGAGACAUUCCAUCUCUUUUUUCUUUGACUCCGGGGACCCCAAAGGACGGUCUGUCUGAUCACUCAAGUCAACAACCCCUCCAGACAUCAGGAGCACUAACUGGCACCACUUCAGUGACUGUCUCUCUGCCAUCUUUAAGCCUUAAAGACACUCCUCCACAGGCCACCAUUCCCAAUGGAUAUCUAAGUGGAGCUGGACGGGGCAGGAGAGUUAGCCAGAGAAGCAUGCGGAGGAAACGAGAAGAUGAACAUAGCACGAAGCCUGUCCCUUUGAUGGAGACUAAGGUCCCUUCUCCACCAAAGUUUGACCUGGCAGCUUCUAAUUUUCCACCUUUACCGGGUUCUGUGGUUGGCAUACGGGAAGAAACAACACCAGAGAUGCGCCUGUCUGAUGUUGUACGGGGCCUGAAGGCAACCAACAAGUCCACUGGUCAGGAGGUGAAUGAGACCUGUCCAACAAACACUGCUGAGCAUGAUGUGAACAAAGGUGAUUCUGUUGCUGCACCUAUGACCCCACACACAGAGGUGGCACAAUCUAUUCCAAGUGUUGGUCCAUCAGUAAAGGAAGAAGACAAAGCUGAACCAGUUCCAGAAAGGAAAAUCUCCACAUCUUCUGAACAUGCCCCCUCCACCUGUUGCCAGUCUCUUUUUUCUGAAGCACCUCCAUCACCUCCCAUUUCUGCAUCAGAACAGGGGUCAAGGAAGCUCAGCUAUGCAGAAGUGUGCCAGAGGAUGGCCAAGGACCCGCCACCAGCCCAGGCACCCUCUCCCUCCCCUCCAGCCUCUUCAGCCAGCCAACCACUCCAAGAGCUCAAGGUGAACAGAGUUGAGGAGCCUCGACCUAACUCCAGGCGCACUGCAGACAAACCAGAGAAAUCCGGACACGGCCGUCCUUCUCGUCAACCAUUACGCUCCUUCUCAGGGGCAAACGGACAAUCUAGAGUCGCAGGUGCAGGGCAGAAGAUUCGGGAGCAUCAGAGAGGCCUCAAUACUGGCAAACAGUUUUCCCCUCAACGGGGUGCCAGACGCAGUGGCAAAGAACAGAACAUUCCCCCAAGAUCACCAAAAUAAUUCAGAUGAAAAUAGUUGGAGAAAUGUGUAAAUAUAUAUGUAAAUAUAUAAAAUAUGUAAAUAGAAAAAUUGAUAUAUUUUGUUUGACAGAGGUCACUACUCUUAAAAAAUGCAAACCUCAAUUUGCAUUUCUGGCAAAAAAACAAGUAGAUCAUCCUAAAAGAAAAAAUAUAGACAGCUGAAAGAGUCACAGACAUUUUAGGAAAUAUACCUAAACAAAUUUUAUUAUGACAUCUUCAGACAUCUCUAUAAAUGGACAUGUUCUGUAGGGAGAUUUUGUGUGUGCUUGUUCUGUAUGUGUAUUGAUGAUUCAAAAAAUGGUGGAUCUCGAUAGUUUGAGGUGUAAGGUAUUGCAACAGUUGCAAAGUGUUUCUAUCCAUAAUUUCUUUAAGGCACAUUUGACGUCUUAGUAAAUAUUUGUUGGAGGCAUGUCUCAUCUUGAGCUUUUAAUGUUUUUCCCCCCUCUGAAACGUACUGAUCAUGAUCAUGGGAGUAUGAACUGUUAUUAAGGGGGUAGUUUAGGUUUCUUUCAGUGGGAUUCUCCACAAAUCAUCCUUGCUCAUACUGUGUUAUAAAUUUUGGAAAGUUGCAUGAUGUAAAGAUGCUGUUUUGGCAGCAGUCUCUUUGUGAUACAUAUAAAUUCAGGGCAUGAAUUGCCCUUGGUUAAGUAUUCAGCCAAGUAGUGUUCUGUUGCUGAGGGAAAUCAGGUAUAAGGAGAUGCAGAAUGAAUCCCUGCAUCUCUAAAGAUUAAUUGGUUUGAUGAAAUCUUUGGCUUCAGUGUUGGCUUUUUGCAAAACUGCCUCACUUUAACUAGGAGUUGUUAACACUCUCAAGGGUCACCUUCAAGUCACUGAGAUGUAGGAUGUGGAUGAUUGUAUAUCGUCAGAAAGUUUCUUAGGAGUAGGAUGGUAGAUGUUGGAGAACCAGCCAUCUCUUUGUGACCAGUACUAGAUUUGCUUAUACAUAUUAGAGAACCUGACUGGUGUAACGAGCAAUGAUAGUUAGUAUCUGAUGGCCGCCACUGUGUCAGCUUUGGACAUGGAUUCCUGUAUCCAUUUUGCAUUUCAUACAGGAGGCUUCUUGUGAAUGUAUUUCUUCUGGCAUGAAACCACUUUGAAGCUCUGUUUAGUAGAUUUUUAAGUGGAUGCUUACCUUGCUUUUGUUUUUAAAGAAUUUCUUCCUGCUGUAGAAAAGUUAAAUUUUCCUACAGAUGAUGUUUUACUUUUUAUUGCAUUUAGUGUUUGUGUGAAGUUUUCAACUGUACAACUUCUGAUCAAGAAAUGUUUUACUCACACUUGAAUCAGACACCAAUCAACUCUUGGCUUAACAGUAAACAGAACAUGCCUGCAUGUGUAGUGAUGUGAUUGAAAAUGCACUACUUUUUGAUCUCAAGGCUUUUGGUUAUUUCAGCAGUAAGAUUUGAAAUGUGUUGUAAAGAAAUGUUUAGUGAGUGCUUAACCAUGUCACCUUAAUUGUCUUGUUUCUGCAAAGGAAAAAUGGGAGUAAUGUAUUUUGGCUUAGAUAAAUGUUUUGAGUCCCUCUCAAUGUUAAUUGAUUACAUUUUAAAGUUUGUUGUAUCUCAUUAUCAUUUGUACAGUUGUUUCUUUGUUGUGUCUAACAUUGUAAAAAUGUGUGCAAGAGAAAAAGCUUCUGCUGAGACUUAAUGUAAUUAUUAAUCCAAUCCAAACCUGCAGUGCCUUUCCAUUUUCUUUCACUGUAAAGGGCAAAAGAGUGAGCACAUCAGUUCUUCACACUGAAUAAAGCUAGCCACUUGUUAGUUACAGUCAGCUUUUGAACUUGGAGACACUAAACCAAAUCCUGUUCAUUCUUAAUUUCAGUUUCUACUACAAGCAGUUGCAGGGCUUGGGCUGGUUUGAGUGGAGCUUAUUUUGUGUGUGCAUGCCUGUAUAUUCUGUUAAGUGUUAUCCAUUUUUGUAAACUUGUCAAUGCAGUUAUAGUCUUAAAAUUGUGCAGAAAUGCUCACAUCAAACAUGGUAUUGAUAUAUGCAGCCAAGUACACAAUUGUUAUUUAGUAAAUUUGUUAUCGCUAAGCCUGAUGUAUGGAAAUAAAGAUUUAUUUUUAAA